AUGGAUUUCCAGAAUCGUGUCGGUCACAAGUUCGGGACGGCAGGUCCCGCAACAGAUCAGGAGAUCGCAGCGGACAGGCGUGAACGGCUUCGCAAACUUGCUCUGGAAACGAUUGACUUGUCCAAGGAUCCCUAUUUCAUGCGCAACCACCUUGGCAGCUAUGAGUGCAAGCUGUGCCUGACGCUUCACACGAACGAAGGAAGUUACCUGGCGCACACACAGGGCAAGAAGCACCAGAUCAACUUGGCCAGACGAGCCGCGCGCGAGAAACAGGAUGCAACGAUCCAACCCCAGCCGCAAACAUCUUCAGGACCUCGGAAGACGGUGAAGAUUGGUCGGCCCGGAUACCGAGUGACGAAGGAGCGUGACCCAGAAACACAGCAAAAGGCUUUGCUCUUCGAGGUUGAGUAUCCAGAGGCUUUGGAGAGAGUGAAGCCUCGGCACCGGUUCAUGUCUGCCUACGAGCAGAAGGUGGAGCCUCCUGAGUCCAAAUUCCAGUACCUGCUCACGGCCUGCGAGCCUUACGAAACCAUCGCCUUCAAGGUUCCGAACAUGGAGAUUGACAAGGCCGAGAACAAGUUCUUCACCAGCUGGGAUCCGCAGCGAAAGGUCUUCACGAUGCAGAUCUUCUUCAAAGAUCGUGAAGAGAAGGAGCUGCCGGCUUUGCCCCAGCGACCUGGGACCACCAACCUGGCAUUCCACGGUGGCGGUGGCUUUACACGCUGA